GGCCGUCUCGCGCGGGUUAGGCCGAGCCAGGAGCACGGGGCCGCGGCGGGGAAACUGGAAUUUCCCGCGGAGCUGACGGCGCCGCUCGUUUGAAUUCCACGCGCUCCAAAAUAUCCGCCAUGGAGAAAUCUUGGCCAGGAUGUCCAUUCUAGGCCCACUGGUGUUACCCUGCUGAAGGUCAGGUAUCUGCAGAAAGCGUGGCGAGGGAGGGUGUGACUCAGGGCUGUUCAGCUGCCGUCAUCAUCAUGAACUUUGAGGGUCUGGAUCCUGGAUUGGCAGAAUUUUCCCCAGCUAUGCACUCUGCUCUGGAUCCUGUCCUGGAUGCUCACCUGAACCCAAGCCUGCUACAGAAUGUGGAGCUGGACCCAGAGGGAGUGGCCUUGGAGGCUCUUCCUGUCCAGGAAUCAGUGCACAUAAUGGAAGGUGUCUACUCUGAAUUGCACAGCGUGGUGGCUGAAGUGGGUGUACCUGUAUCCGUCUCCCACUUUGACUUACAUGAGGAGAUGCUGUGGGUGGGGAGCCAUGGGGGCCAUGCCACUUCAUUUUUUGGUCCAGCCUUGGAGCGCUACUCCUCCUUUCAGGUCAAUGGCAGUGAUGACAUCAGACAGAUCCAAAGCCUGGAGAAUGGUGUCCUUUUUCUCACCAAGAACAACCUCAAGUAUAUGGCCCGUGGGGGUCUCAUCAUCUUUGAUUACUUGCUGGAGGAGAGUGAGGACAUGCACAGUCUCCUGCUGACCGAUAGCAGCACUCUGCUUGUUGGUGGGCUGCAGAACCACAUAUUGGAGAUUGAUCUGAAUACUGUCCAGGAAACUCAAAAGUAUGCAGUCGAGACACCUGGAGUCACCAUCAUGAGACAGACAAAUCGUUUCUUCUUCUGUGGUCACACAUCUGGCAAGAUUUCCCUGAGAGACCUCCGCACUUUUAAGGUGGAGAAUGAAUUUGACGCCUUCACAGGGAGUCUAUCAGAUUUUGAUGUUCAUGGCAACCUGCUGGCUGCCUGUGGCUUCUCUAGCCGUCUCACCGGCCUGGCCUGUGACCGUUUCCUCAAGGUGUAUGAUUUGCGCAUGAUGCGUGCCAUCACACCACUGCAAGUACAUGUGGAUCCUGCCUUUUUGCGCUUCAUCCCUACAUACACUUCUCGUCUUGCUAUCAUCUCCCAGUCAGGGCAGUGCCAGUUUUGUGAACCCACAGGCCUGGCCAACCCAGCAGAUAUCUUCCAUGUGAAUCCUGUAGGACCUUUGCUAAUGACAUUUGAUGUGUCAGCCAGCAAGCAGGCUCUGGCCUUUGGGGAUUCCGAGGGCUGUGUGCACCUCUGGACUGAUUCCCCUGAGCCUACCUUCAACCCCUACUCCCGUGAGACUGAAUUUGCUUUGCCCUGCCUUGUGGAUUCACUGCCUCCUCUGGACUGGAGCCAGGACCUGCUGCCUCUCUCCCUUAUUCCUGUUCCACUCACCACUGACACACUCCUCUCUGACUGGCCAGCUGCCAACUCGGCUCCUGCUCCCAGGCGAGCACCACCUGUAGAUGCAGAGAUUCUGCGCACUAUGAAGAAAGUGGGCUUCAUUGGCUACGCACCCAACCCCCGCACAAGGCUGCGCAAUCAGAUUCCUUAUCGACUGAAAGAGUCAGACAAUGAAUUUGACAACUUCAGCCAGGUCACUGAGUCACCAAUAGGGCGAGAAGAGGAGCCACAUCUCCACAUGGUUUCUAAGAAAUACCGCAAGGUAACCAUCAAAUAUUCCAAGCUAGGGCUGGAGGACUUUGAUUUCAAACACUACAAUAAGACCCUGUUUGCUGGAUUAGAACCCCACAUCCCCAAUGCCUACUGUAACUGCAUGGUCCAGGUGCUGUACUUCCUGGAGCCUGUUCGCUGUCUGAUCCAGAACCAUCUUUGCCAGAAGGAGUUCUGCCUGGCAUGUGAGCUGGGCUUCCUCUUCCACAUGCUGGACCUCUCUCGUGGUGAUCCUUGUCAGGGAAGUAAUUUUCUCCGAGCAUUCCGUACUAUCCCUGAGGCCUCUGCCCUGGGUCUGAUUCUGGCUGAUUCAGACGAGGCUUCAGGCAAGGGCAAUCUGGCCAGACUCAUUCAGAGAUGGAAUCGCUUCAUUCUCACUCAGCUGCAUCAGGACAUGCAGGAGCUGGAAGUACCCCAGGCUUACCGAGGUGCUGGCAACAGCAGUUUCUGUUCAUCCGGGGACUCUGUCAUUGGGCAGCUGUUCAGCUGUGAGAUGGAGAACUGCAGCCUCUGCCGUUGUGGCAGUGAGACUGUGCGAGCCUCAUCCACCCUGCUCUUCACACUCUCCUACCCCGAGGGUAGCAGCUGUGAUAAAACCGGAAAGAACUAUGACUUUGCUCAGGUGCUGAAGCGAAGCAUCUGCCUGGAGCAGAAUACUCAGGCCUGGUGUGACAACUGUGAGAAAUACCAGCCCACAAUUCAGACCCGCAACAUCCGCCAUCUACCAGACAUUCUUGUCAUUAAUUGUGAGGUGAAUAGCUCAAAAGAGGCUGAUUUCUGGAGAAUGCAGGCUGAGGUAGCUUUUAAGAUGGCAGUAAAGAAACAUGGUGGGGAAAUGAAGAACAAAGAGUUUGCUUUGACUGAUCGUAGGAAAGACCUGGGGAGUCCAGAAGGUUUGCUGUUGUGUCCCUCCAUUGAGGAGUUGAAGAACGUCUGGCUUCCUUUUUCCAUUCGCAUGAAGAUGACCAAGAACAAAGGGCUGGAUGUUUGCAAUUGGACUGAUGGGGAUGAGGUGCAGUGGGGCCCAGCCAGGGCAGAGGAGGAACAUGGUGUCUUUGUGUAUGACCUGAUGGCUUCCGUGGUACACAUCCUGGACUCACGAACAGGGGGCAGCCUGGUGGCUCACAUCAAGGUUGGAGAGACCUACCACCAGCGCAAGGAGGGCGUUACUCACCAGCAGUGGUAUCUCUUCAAUGACUUCCUUAUUGAACCUAUUGAUAAGCAUGAAGCUGUGCAGUUUGACAUGAACUGGAAAGUACCUGCUAUCCUUUAUUAUGUCAAGAGGAAUCUCAAUUCCAGAUACAACCUGAAUAUCAAGAACCCCAUUGAGGCUAGUGUGCUGAUGGCUGAAGCCUCACUGGCACGGAAGCAGCGGAAAGCACAUACUACCUUCAUUCCACUCAUGCUGAAUGAAAUGCCACAGGUUGGGGACCUGGUGGGCCUUGAUGCUGAGUUUGUCACCCUUAAUGAGGAAGAAGCAGAGUUACGCAGUGAUGGUACCAAGUCUACCAUUAAACCAAGCCAGAUGUCAGUAGCAAGGAUCACUUGUGUUCGGGGCCAGGGGCCCAAUGAAGGCAUCCCCUUCAUUGAUGACUACAUCUCUACCCAGGAGCAGGUCGUGGAUUACCUGACUCAGUACUCGGGAAUAAAGCCAGGAGACCUUGAUGCCAAAAUUUCCUCCAAGCACCUCACAACUCUCAAGUCUACCUACUUAAAGCUUCGAUUUCUCAUUGAUAUCGGAGUCAAGUUUGUGGGUCAUGGUCUACAAAAGGACUUCCGGGUCAUCAACCUUAUGGUACCCAAGGACCAAGUUCUUGAUACUGUCUACCUGUUCCACAUGCCCCGAAAACGAAUGAUUUCUCUACGAUUUCUUGCCUGGUACUUUCUGGACCUGAAGAUUCAAGGGGAGACCCACGACAGUAUUGAGGAUGCCCGUACAGCCCUUCAGCUCUACCGAAAGUAUCUGGAGCUAAGCAAGAAUGGUACUGAGCCUGAAUCCUUCCACAAGGUGCUCAAGGGUCUUUAUGAGAAGGGCCGAAAGAUGGACUGGAAGGUGCCUGAGCCUGAGAGCCAGACAAGUCCCAAGAAUGCAGCUGUCUUCUCUUCAGUGUUGGCACUCUGACCAGCCCUUUCUUUUCAGUGUUCUGCAGCCCCAGGUCUGGGGGAUAGCUUCCCAAGUUGGCUUUCCCCUGUCCACUUCCAGCAUUGGACCUACUCAGGGUCUGGAGAUGGUGCUAUUAAUAGAACUGGAAUGCUGCAAAAUUUUUGCAAAUGUUCUGAGAGCCAGAUUCCUUCUUUAUCCUCUGUAAGAUAGUGGACCAAAAAUAAUCUACAUUGAUCCAGAUGGAAAGAAAUUUGUAUUUUUAACAAAUAUUCUGGGUAAUUAAUAUCUAAGCAAGUAAGCUCCUGGAACCCAAACUCUCAGUGCAUGGCUGGCUAGUGCAGAAGUCCUAACAGUGACAAGAUGCAGGAGGAGCUCCAGACAGCUGUCUCCAGCUGCUCAAGGGAUAAUGCUUGGAGUGACCAUUAUGUAGAAUCUUAAUGGGUCAUGCAAACCAGUGCUGCCAACACCAUUGCCAAAGGGGGCUUGGGGUCCUGGAAGAAGCUUGGCUACUGGCUCCAUUCCUCCUGAAAGCUGAGAAGAAAUUGUCUUCCAUACAUUGUCUCGAUUUUUUUAAAUUUUGCUUAAAAAAGCAUGUUUUAUAAAAUAAAAAUGAAAACAUC